AUGCACGUCUUCUCCCUCUUGGCCGUCUCCAGCCUCCCUCUCGCAGCGUUGGCCGCCCCAUAUCAAGUCUCUCUGGCUGAUUUCACCAAUCUUGGUGACGGCAAAGUCACGCCAGCUUGGCUCCGGGAAAAUGAACAACUUGUUGUUCCUCUCAGCCCGUUGGCUCGCACGGGUUUGGUCGACCCGCUGGUCGAAGAGGGGUUGAUAUCCCUAGCUGGGAACUACUUCUUCAACAAAAUCUACGAGCACGCCAACGACUCCGACAUGUCUGCCGCCGCCAGCUGGCGUUGCAUCAAGGAAUGCGGCACCACCGUGGCUACAUCGGUGCCCUGCCUUUUCGCAGCAUUGGCGGGCGGCGGUAGGCCUGAAGAUGCACUCAAGUGCGUUGGCAAGAAAACCCUUUGCGGCUGCCGGGACUGCCUGCCCAAGCCGAUCGACAAUUGGCUUCAGCAAAAGGUCUGCAGCAGUGCCGUUGUGGAGGUGGCGGAUAAGUUCUCUCCCUAUGUCGAUUUCUCCGCCCUGGCUGGUAGUUCGGUCUCUGUUUCGGCAUUCCGGGGUGAUCUCUACAAGUGGCAAGUGGAACAGCUAGCCGCGAUCAACAAGGCUGGCGCUGCGGCGGGGAGCAUCCAGCGCAGCGAUGGCGACGGCAACGUCCAUGCCCAGUGCGUGGUGGGCUCCUCUUGCGGUGGCUGUGGCUGCUGUGUCGGCGUAUGCGUCAUGGAUGAUGACUGCGUCGGUGUCUGUGCCUGA